GCAACGGCUGCUGAGAUGUGGGAAUCCCAGGCUACUAGUAGCCGAUGAGGUCCGAAACCUAGAGGUCUCCUCUAGCCACGGCUCACUUGUUUUUCCCACGACCCCCGUGACACGUGUCUCCCGCCUUCCAGAGCACGAUCGACUUAUGCUUUCCAGAAUUCCUUGGAAGGGCUUUUGGAGAGACAGCGGAGACCAGUUGACCGGCGGUGCCAGUGGCUGAAAGAUCCCUUCUGAUCCUGGCAGAGGAGAAGCAGCAGGAAAAGUCCCAGGUUCGGAGGCCCUUCCAGGAAUGGGGAGUAAUUGGAUGGAUCGCACAAAUCUUUCUCAGCUUUCUUUCAGAGGGAUCCCCGAGGAUAAAAGUCAGGAUACCUCACUAGUGGAGAACAUAGGAUCAUCGUUCUUCAGUGAGUCAUCUCCUUCUAUGGGUGGAACUGAAAGUGCCACUGGAUUCCCGAUUCAGGGUCCUGUGUCCUUUGGGGAGGUGGCCAUCCAUUUCAACAAUGAAGAAUGGCUGCUGCUUGAUCCCAGCCAGAAAGCCCUGUAUCAAGAAGUCAUGUUGGAAACGUCUAGAAUGGUGACCUCUUUAGCAUCUGAUGUGCAGAAGAAGAAAAACGACCAAGAACCAAAUUUGGUGCACUUGCAAAUAAUCAAAACUAAAAUUCCUGAGGAGACCUCUAAACGUAAGUGGGGAGGGAGGAAACAUGAAAAGAAGCACAAUCGGAGAGAAAAAUCUAUUCUUGAAUGUGUGGAAAUGGAUCAUUUCCUGACCGAAAGUGAUUCCAAAGAAAAUAUGGGGAAAUCUCAAAGUAGAAAAAGAUUCAAAGCAAAGCCCAAUGUUAGUAACCGCUGCAAAACUGAAAAAAGCUCCAGCAUUAAUAAUGUUACUUCACAUAAAAUGAACCAGGCAAGCGAGAAGCCCUACAACGUUGUGGACUGUGGAAAAAGUGUUGGGUGGAGGGAUCAUUUAACUUCUCAAAAAAGAGUACAUUCAGGGGGCAAACGCUAUAAGUGCCUAGAGUCUGGAAAGAACUUCAGGUACAGAGCGCAUCUGAAAUCCCACAAAAGGAACCAUACAGCAGGAAAACCUUAUAAAUGGGUGGAUUGUGGAAAAAGGUUUAAUGUGAAGAGUUCCCUUACAUCCCAUCAAAGGAUACAUACUGGAGAAAACCCCUUUAAAUGCAUAGAAUGUGGAAAGAGCUUCAGCAGUAGUAGUUACCUGAUAUGCCACAAAAGGAUCCAUUCAGGGGAAAAACCUUAUAAAUGUGUGGAUUGUGGACAAAUGUUCAGUAUGAAGAAUUCUCUUACUUACCAUAAAAGGAUGCAUACUGGAGAAAAACCCUUUAAAUGCCUACAGUGUGGGAAGAGCUUCAGCACUAGUAGUUACCUGAUAUGCCAUAAAAGGAUCCAUUCAGGGGAAAAACCCUAUAAAUGCAUGGAAUGUGGAAAAAGCUUCAGCUGGAAGAAUUCUCUUAUUUACCAUAAAAGAAUGCAUACUGGAGAAAAACCCUUUAAAUGCAUACAAUGUGGGAAGAGCUUCAGGACUAGUAGUUACCUGAUAUGCCAUAAAAGGAUCCAUUCAGGGGGAAAACCCUAUAAAUGUUUAGACUGUGGAAAAACCUUCAGGACAAACACUUCUUUUACUAUGCAUAAACGGAUCCAUAUGGGAGAGAAACCCUUUAAAUGCAUAGAGUGUGGGAAAAGAUUUAAAAAGAGUGCCAGCCUCGCUACCCAUAAAUUGAUCCAUAGGGGAGAGAAACCCUUUAAAUGCAUAGAGUGUGGAAAGUGCUUUAGGCAGAAUGGUGGCCUUGCUUCCCAUCAAAGGAUUCAUAUGGGAGAGAAACCCUAUAAGUGUAUAGAGUGUGGAAAGACCUACAGAAAUAGAAAUCAACUGACAUCCCACAAAAGGAUCCAUUCAGGUGAAAAACCUUAUAAAUGCACCGAGUGUGGAAAACCCUUCAGGACUUGCAGUUCCCUUGCUUCCCAUAAACGGAUCCAUACAGGAGAGAAACCCUAUAAAUGCACGGAGUGUGGAAAAAGCUUCAGUGUAAAGUGUUCUCUUACUUCUCAUAAAAGGAUCCACACAGGAGAAAAACCAUAUAAAUGCCUAGACUGUGAGAAGAGCUUCACCCAAAGCAGUAGCCUUGCUUCCCAUAAACGGAUCCACACAGAAGAAAGAUCCUAUAAAUGCAUGGAGUGUGGAAAAAGCUACAAAAACAGCAGUUACCUGACUUUCCAUCAACGGCUCCACACAGGAAAUAAAUCCUAUACAUGCCUGGAGUGUGGAAAGAGCUUCGCUAUAAAAACUUCUCUUACUGUUCAUGAAAGGCUCCACACGGGAGAGAAACCCUAUAAAUGUCUAGAGUGUGGGAAGAGUUUCAGCCAAAGUAGUCACUUGAGUUUCCAUAACAAGAUGCAUACAGGGGAAAAACCUUAUAAGUGCACAGACUGUGGAAAAACCUAUGCUACCAGUAGCCAUCUGACUUACCAUAAAAGGUCCCACACAGGAGAGAAACCUUAUAAAUGCCUAGAAUGUGGAAAGAGCUUCAGUGAUAAACGUUCCCUUACUUCCCAUAGCAGGAUCCACACAGGAGAGAAAUCAUAUGUAUGCAAUGAAUGUGGAAAGAGUUUAAGUACAAGCAAAUCCCUUAGUUACCAUAUUAGUACCCAUACGCGGAAGAAAUUGCAUUAAUGCACAGAAUGUGGAAAGAGCUUCAGAUUAAGAAGUCACCUUACUUCUCAUAAGAGGAUCCACAUGGAGGGGAAAGAAUAGAAAUGUACAGAGUGUGGAAAGAGCUUCAGUAUGAAUUGUUCCCUUACUUCUCAUAAAAGGAUCCAUACUGGAGAAAAACCCUUUAAAUGCCUGGAAUGUGAAAAGAGCUUCAGGCAAAGUGGUGACCUUACGUCCCAUAAAAGGAUCCAUACAGGAGAGAAACCAUAUAAAUGUCUGGAGUGUGGAAAGAGCUUCAGUAUGAAUUGUUCCCUUACUUCUCAUAAACGGAUCCACACAGGAGAGAAACCAUAUAAAUGUCUGGAGUGUGGAAAGAGCUUCAGUAUGAAUUGUUCCCUUACUUCUCAUAAACGGAUCCACACAGGAGAGAAACCCUUUAAAUGCAUAGAAUGUGGGAAGAGCUUCUGUCAAAGCAGUACGCUGGCUUCCCAUAAAAGGCUCCACACAGGGGAAAAGCCCUAUACAUGCAAGGAGUGUGGAAAGUGCUUUAGGAACAGUAGUUAUCUGAACUCUCAUAAAAGGAUUCACACGGGGGAGAAACCCUAUAAAUGCACGGAAUGCGGAAAGAGUUUCAGUAUAAAAAGUAAUCUUACUUCUCAUAAACGGAUCCACACAGGAGAGAAACCCUUUAAAUGCAUAGAAUGUGGGAAGAGCUUCUGUCAAAGCAGUACGCUGGCUUCCCAUAAAAGGCUCCACACAGGGGAAAAGCCCUAUACAUGCAAGGAGUGUGGAAAGUGCUUUAGGAACAGUAGUUAUCUGAACUCUCAUAAAAGGAUUCACACGGGAGAGAAACCCUAUAAAUGCACGGAAUGCGGAAAGAGUUUCAGUAUAAAAAGUAAUCUUACUUCUCAUAAAAGGAUUCAUACAAAUGAGAAACCAUUUAAAUGCAUAGACUGUGGGAAGGGCUUCUGUCAAAGCAGUACACUUGCUUCCCAUAAACGGGUUCAUACAGGAGAGAAACCCUAUAAAUGCAUGGAGUGUGGAAAGAGCUUCAGGAACAGCAAUUACCUGAACGCCCAUAAAAGGAUCCACACAGGAGAGAAACCCUAUAAAUGUAUAGAAUGUGGGAAGAGCUUCAACCAAAGCAGUCAGCUUAUUUCCCAUAACAGGAUCCAUACAGGGGAAAAACCUUAUAAGUGCACAGACUGUGGAAAGACUUUUAUUGUUUGUGGCCAGCUGACUUAUCAUAAAAGGUCCCACACAGGAGAGAAACCCUAUAAAUGUUUGGAAUGUGGAAAGGAUUUCUGUUACAGCCGUUCCCUUACUUCUCAUAAAAGGGUUCACACCAGGGAGAAAUCAUAUGUUUGCAAUGAAUGUGGGAAGUGUUUGAGUACAAGCAGCUCCCUUACUUACCACAUUAGUACGCACAUACGGAAGAAAUUGUAUCAGUGCACAGAAUGUGGGAAGAAUUUCAGAUUGAAAACUCACUUUACGUCUCAUAGAAGGAUCCACACGGGGAAGAAAUCUUAUGAAUGUAUGGAAUAGUAAUAGCACUUGGACUCAUAUAGUGGCACACAGUGCUUUAUAGCACUCUGAGUGGUUUACAAU